UGUAUGACCCCACCACACAGCCCACCCUGCUCUGAAGCCUCCCAUCAGUCCACAGUGCUGAAAUUUCAUCCCUCUUCAGAGGAGAUCCCACGACACGCUGCUGUUCCCCAGAAGUACCAGUACACCAGUGUCAUCUGCCACACGGCCGACUGUAACCGUCUUCCGCUCCUGCAGGACGACACACUGACCAGGGUUCCUCCUGAGGACCCUCAAACUGAUCUGAACCGCUGYAGCCGAGACUGUGAAGGGACUGUUGCAACUCAGAAACCUCAUGCCGUCCUGGGAGAGUCCGGACUGGAUGAUGAAUCAAAUACAGCUCAGUUCACUGCUCUGGAGCCAUCCUUCAGUGGUUCUGUUCCUGCAGCCCCAACCGUGGUGCAGAAACCUGCCGCCACACCUGUCCCAUUAGCUUUCACCCCCCUGCAUCUUCCACAACAGCAGCCCCUCAAACAAGAGUACGGAUCGCCACAGACUCGGGUGUUCCUCGUCGGGGGUCAGGUGGCGAGAGGCCCUGUAAUGCUCCUGGUCCCUCCACCGUCUGUUUCAACGGUUUAUGUUCAGCAAGCGGCRACAACCGCUGCCAGCACUAAGUUUGCACCCAUCGCCCCGGCUCCUGGACACGUCCUGCCACCGCAAAAAUGCACCUCACCCCGAACCGAAGCACCACGCGUACGCAGUCACGUCUGUCCACACAAGGACUGYAGCAAGACCUACUUCAAGAGCUCCCACCUCAAGGCCCACAUGAGGACACACACAGGUGAGAAACCCUUCAGAUGUAAGUGGGAGGGCUGUGAGAGGAGCUUCGCUCGCUCCGAUGAACUCUCUCGGCACCGGCGGACCCACACRGGAGAGAAAAGGUUCGCCUGCCCGCUGUGCUUCAGCCGCUUCAUGCGCAGCGACCACCUGGCCAAGCACGCCCGACGGCACUUUGUGGUGAGGAGGAAGCCCUGCUGGAUGUUAGGGACCCCCCCAGCWGCAGAACUCACCCCAGAAGAUAAAGCAUCUGUCACUGUCUCUGAAUCAGCCUGAAAAGGACCGAAAGCACAAAGACUAUGAAUUUGAAGAAUUUGCACAUACAUUUUCAUUUUAGCACGUGCCGCUAAAAAGUGGAGGUGAAUGAAAAUGAUAAACCACUGGACAAAUUGUAUUUCUAAUUUCCAGAAAUUACUGGAUGCAUGUUUAGAACUAACUCACUUUUAAGUCGACCUAAAUCAAGAAGUUGCCACAGUUAAGUGACCUGAGAAACCAUAAUAGCUACAGCUUAUGGGGAGAUAAGUGUAAAAUGAAAUAAUUUUACUCACUUUGAGUGUAAAAUCCUAGUUUUAAAUUUUCCACUAACAUUUUAUUAUUUAGCUCACUGUUCWUACAGUUAGCUAUUUUUUCUGAAUGUUAAAUUUCCACGUUAAAUGUAAUCUAAUCUAAAGAUUUAAUCCCAAAUCUAAAUGUAAAGUUAAAUGUAAAAUUUUGCCGGACCGCUGGUACCAUCCACAUUGUUUUCAAUUAACACAUUUAGAAAUUAGAUUUUAAAUUGUCUAAUUCCAGUACUAAAUCGAGCACAUCAGUGAACGAGAAGUAUUUUUUUAGCGCAUGCACAAAUUAUAGUACUUCUGGAACAGAUCAGGCAGUGACAAAGCCAACAUUAGCAGCGUUAGCACGUUAGCGUUUGCUCUUGUCACAG